AUGGACAACWCGCCGCUCGGAAAGCUGUCUGCCGAGAUACGCAACACCAUCAGCGCCAUGGUCCUUCAGCACGAAUUCGUCAAAGUCAACAUCACCGGUAAAGAAUCCGAUGAUCUACUUUCUUACACUCAGGACACCGAGGAAGACAACAAGCAUCCACUUGCCCUGGCACACACCUGCAAACAGGCUCGCAGCGAGUGCACCAAGAUGUAUUACGCCAUCAACUGGUUUGUCAUGGCUAGUGGUCCGGUCACUCAUCGCCAGUUUUGUGAGUUCUUCAAUCGAUUCACAAGAUCGGGCGAGCUCAAACUCGGUAAAGCUUUCACCAUGCAGUUCGUGCACCAUCUCGAUGACGAAAAGUUGGUCGCAUCACUCCGAGAAGCGAUCCUCAAGAUCCCCGAGCAGAAGAGCGACGGACUAGAUCAAAUCAGUUCAGUCACCCUUCGAUGUACCAUUCUGGAAGACGAAACAGCUCUGACAUUUGGACGGGAUGGCUUCGCCGGAUCGAUAUUUCACCAAAUGAAUGCUCUGUGUGGCAAGAUGGGCUCGAAGACUUCGUUUAACCCCUCCAGGGUAGACAAGCAUGGGUCCAAGUGUUUGAUCCGAGCUGCGCGUACACUGGCCUGCUUACUGGAGUGUCUUGGGAAGAUGUCGGACGACUACAGCAGUCAGGAUGUCUCGGAUGCCAUCCUGGCAAAGCUCAAUGAACCUGCUGCGCGGGCCGUAUUUGCAAACAUGCAGAUUAGCGUUGAAUCGUUCAUCGCCACGCAGCUGCAAGUCGAGGACACACCAUGCGCCGAGGAAGGCUGCCUGCUACCCGAAGAUUGA